AUUGACUCCCUAUUUCAAUCUCCAUCGUUACACUACUACUAGGUUUUCUCUCUUCGACUCUUCGCGGCACCCAUUUCCAUCUAGCUUAGGGUUUUCCUUCACCUUCAACAACAUCAUGGCGGAAGUAGAAGUAGCUCAGGCUGUAGCCCCAAACCUUGACGUUAAGCUUUUCAACAAAUGGACUUUCGAUGAUAUUGAGGUUGGUGACAUAUCACUUGUAGAUUACAUUGGAGUAAAUGCUUCUAGACACGCUACCUAUGUUCCUCACACUGCUGGGAGAUACUCUGCCAAAAGGUUCCGUAAGGCUCAGUGUCCUAUUAUUGAAAGAUUGACAAACUCGCUCAUGAUGCACGGCCGUAACAAUGGAAAGAAGCUUAUGGCUGUUCGUAUCAUCAAGCAUGCUAUGGACAUCAUUCAUCUUUUGACUGAUGCUAACCCUAUCCAAAUCAUUGUUGAUGCUGUUAUCAACAGUGGACCAAGAGAAGAUGCAACAAGGAUUGGUUCCGCUGGAGUUGUAAGGCGUCAAGCUGUUGAUAUUUCCCCAUUGAGGAGAGUCAACCAGGCAAUAUACCUUCUCACCACUGGUGCUAGAGAGAGUGCAUUUAGGAAUAUCAAGACAAUCGCCGAGUGCCUUGCUGAUGAGCUCAUCAAUGCAGCUAAGGGUUCCUCUAACAGUUACGCAAUCAAGAAAAAGGAUGAGAUUGAACGUGUUGCCAAGGCCAAUCGUUGAUUCUACAAAUUGGUUAUAUUGUCAUCUGAAUUGGAUCUUAAACUUUACAAGAGGAUUUUGUCAGCUUUAGUUCUAAGAUGUACUUCUUUGAGCUCUAGUGUAGUGUCUUUCAGACUAAUUGUGUAUUCAAAGGAUGGUAAUUGGUAUGUCAUUAUGUGAACUACUUAAAUGUAGCUAAGUUUUUAAAUGUUGGAUCUCUUUUCUUUUAUUGUCUCUCUUUUUACU